UCUUAUGUAUGACUUUGCUGAGAUGGAAAAGUUAGCAGUAGUUUCUCUUUCUGCAGAUAAUAAUAUCCCAAUUCCGGAGAAGAGUGGACACAAAUUCUCGUUGAAUUUCAGCUCAGCGAUACGUAAAGUUAUUGAGCUCGUCGAAGGAAUAAAUAUACCAUCUCAAGAUAGUGAUAUUGAUAAGCUUUUAUCGACUAAGAAUCCGGAGAAAAACCCAACGGGCUAUGUGGUUCGAGUUUUCCAAUGGAAAAGUGACAACUUUCUGCCACCUUGCAAAGAUUUGUUCGAACUUGCAAUGAUUUGUUGAAUGGAAAGGGUGAUUUUGAACAUUUUGUUGUCGAAGUAGCUUCCAAUUUGGAAUGGGUUGUGAAUCACUGCUUCUCCAUGCAGGAUGUUUCGUGCAUGAAAGAUGCAAUAAGGAACCGUUUGGAUUGGGAUGAAUCGGGAAGUGAGAGUGAGGUAGACAGUGGAUCAGCUAAUAACUCUGUAGAGAAUAAUACAAGCCAACGAGAUAUAAUUGAGGAUCUUAACUCAGAAAUGGAAACUGUGAAGCAAUUCGAGGGCAAAAAUGGAAACUGUGUCGAAAAGGAAAAGACGACGAAAGGAGAGCCUGAGAAUCAGUUUAUGGACUCCAAUCAUGAACAGGGAAAAUCUUAUGAUAAUGUUUUGUAUUUAGAACAUGAUCCGGAAAAUAAAGAUAACUCUUGCGAAAGACUGGAAGAAACAUGCUAUGACUUAAAUAAGCAGCUAAAAAGCGAGGAAGUUCUAGAUAACGGAAGCCAGUGGGAAAAGCAACUCCAAAAUGAUUGGGAGAUAACAGUAGCUUCAGAAAAACUGGCCGAGUGCCAAGAAACAAUCAUGUAUCUCCGGAAGCAAUUGAAGGCAUUGGCUUCACCUAGCGACGCAGCUCUCUUCGAGAAAGUCAUAAAUACCCCUGAUGCUGACUCCGUUAUUACCACCUCUUCAACUCCUCGGAAAAUGUUUAGCCAUCGAUCUUCUUCCCUACUGGAUAAAUGCUUGCAGACGAUAAUAAUAACAAUCAUCAACUAUUUUGUGCUUCUCCCGUAACCAAGAAAGAUAUACAAAAUGUAAAUGGCGAAAAGUUCACUAAAGACGAAAGUAAAACAGGAGCUGCUGCUGCUUCUAUGGAUAUUGUUGUCCCUUGUAAGAGAAAUCGAGGCGGGAGUUUCUUCAAGAAGUUGUUUUGGCGGAGGAAGAAGGGUAAGAGCGGUAAGACAUUGUCUUCGCAAGUUGUAAUUUGACUUUUUACAAUAAUGUUUUGAUCAUAGAAUUUGGUGAUGAUUCAAUUAUAUAUGAUGUUCCUGUUUUUGCCUCGUAUGUGAAAUGGAGUUUUUAUUUGCAGGAUUUGUGUGUAUCUUGGCUUGCUGUAAAUGCAACAAUGAACAAAAGAGAAAAAGUUCUAUUUCUUUUU